CAAGGAGAAAGGAAAGCCGGUCUUUUGCGUCCAUCCUAAAGCCGCGAAUCAGUUCGUCAACAUGGGGAAGCUGGCCACUAUGAUCCUCCGAACGGGUGGAAAAUGCAAGUUUGAGGCCGCGAACGGGUGGGACACGUUUGUGUCCGGCCAGGAGGGGAUGAACAAACCGGCACUGCCCGCGGGCGAGAGAAGGAAGUGUAUACGUACCAUCAAGAGGCUCUACAACAGAUUCAUGAUGGAGUUCGUCCAGGAAACGCUCAAAGAGAUGGGGCUCGAGGACGACGGCGACUCGGCAGCGGCAGAAGUGUCCGACGGGGGCGGCAACGACGAAGACGACGAUGCCGACGCCGACGCGAGCGAGGCCUUGAAUCCCACGCCUCUGUGAGAUCCCCGGUUUGAUUGAUCA